CCUCCCCAAGUAGUUAUAUUUUACUAUAUUGUUUCAAACAAGAAAACAAAAAAUGGGAUCAAAGGCAUUUAUGGUUCUAGGCAUUGUUUUGGCUAUUUUUCUUGUGAUAACCUCAGAGGUUGCAGCUAGGGAGUUGGCUCAGAGCUCCACCACUUCUCAGGACAACGGACAGGAAAAUGAGUUAAACGAUGCCAAAUUUCUAGAUGUAGUUAUUCACGGACACAGAGGAGCAGGACUUCCAGGAGGAAUGGGACGAGGUGGAUUUGGAGGAGGAUAUGGUGGUGGCCGCGGAUAUAAUGGCCGUUAUCCCGGAGGAGGAUAUGGUGGAUACUGGUGGUGGCCAUGGAUAUAAUGGCGGUUAUCCCAGAGGAGGAUAUGGUGGAUAUUAUCCUGGUGGUGGCCGUGGACAUAGCGGUGGUUAUCCAAGAGGAGGAUAUGGUGGAUAUUAUCCUGGUGGUGGUUAUGGAGGAUGGCCUAUACUAAUUGAUUAAUUACUAAGGAAUAUAAAUAUAUAUAUAUGAAGAAUAUUCAUGGUGGCUAUUUAUAUUUCAGUAUUGUGUGUAGUAGCAGGUAUAGUUUUGUUGUUGGAAGUAUGAAUAAAUGUAUAAUAAAUCUCCAUUCAUUUACUAUGAAUGGAUGGUUAUCAAUUAUCACGUCAGGUUUCUUUACGUAGUUAAUUAUAUCAGGGAACUUACUUUAUAGUAUGCAUCCGUUUUCGUUUACAUGUAAUUGUCAUCCAAAUAGUUAAGCGAAAUUCUAAUAAAGUUAUAUCUUUCCUUUGUAUUUAA